GAGAGCCCACUGCUGUCAAGAUGUGACUGUACACCCUGGCUGGCUGUCCCGAGUCAUGGCCGACACCAUCUUCAGCAGUGGGAAGGAUCGGUGGGUUUGCCCCAAUGAUCGGCAGCUUGCCCUGCGAGCCAAGCUGCAGACGGGCUGGUCUGUGCACACCUACCAGACAGAGAAGCAGAGGAAGAGCCAGUGCCUCAGCCUCGCCGAGGUGGAGGCCAUCCUGCAGGUCAUCCAGAGGGCCGAGCAGCUUGACUUCCUGGAACAGCAGAGAAUCGGGCGGCUGGUGGAGCGGCUGGAGACCAUGAGGCGCAAUGUGAUGGGGAACGGCCUCUCCCAGUGUCUGCUCUGUGGGGAGGUGCUGGGCUUCCUGGGCAGCUCGUCGGUGUUCUGCAAAGACUGCAGGAAGAAAGUCUGCACCAAAUGCGGGAUCGAGGCCUCCCCCGGCCAGAAGCGGCCCCUGUGGCUGUGUAAGAUCUGCAGUGAGCAGAGAGAGGUCUGGAAGAGGUCGGGGGCCUGGUUCUACAAAGGGAUCCCCAAGUAUAUCCUGCCCCCGAAGACCCCCGGCCAGGCCGAUCACCCCCACUUCCGACCGUUGCCCGUGGAGCCAGCAGAGCAAGAGCCCAGAAGUACUGAGAGCAGCCGCGUCUACACGUGGGCCCGAGAGAGAGUGGUUUCCAGCGACAGUGACAGCCACUCAGAUCUCAGCUCCUCCAGCCUGGAGGACAGACUCCCACCCACUGGGGUCAGGGACCCAAAAGGCGACAAACCCUGGGGGGAAUCAGGUGGUGGCGUGGAGUCAUCAAAGAUGGGGCCUCCCCGCCCACCCAGCCACCUCUCAGGGAGCCAGAGCAGCCUGGCCAUCGAGACCGGACCGGCUCUGCCGACCUGCAGUGGGGGGCCCCACCCUGGCCGGACCCUAAAGGCCACAGUAAAAGGCACACCUGGGCGAGCCCCUGCUGCUGACGUGGGCUGCGACGGGCCCCUCUGCCUGCCCUGAGCAGAGGCGUGCUUGGUGUGUGAGACAGACUCUCCAGUGGAAGAGCUUGAGAGAGAAAGAGCUGGAGCCAGACCCUCCCCGGCUCCUUCCCGACCAGUCCCAGGGCCCCCCACCGCCAGCCCUGUCGGACGUGACCUCUGACUCAACCAACCAGUGUUUGCGGGGGCUGAGUCUGCUUCCCCCCACCCAGUGCCUUUCUGCACCCCUUCUCUCCUGGGAGCCCCCCUCUCCGCCGCCACCCCAGUCCCUCCCCUCAGCCGUGACCUUUAUUUAUUGCCCCCAGCCCCACCCCCAGUCUACCCCUAUGUUCAUUUUAAGUUUGCUCUCGUCUUAGUUGGACUGGAAGGGCCUUCAGACCCACCUUCUGGGGCCUUCCCCUAUGCAGUGCAAUUUCAGAGGGUGCCAGGCAGGGCUUUCUCCAUAUUCGUAUUCAUGGAAAAAGAAAUCAGAGCCUGAGCGUGACCCUUCACGCCUGAGCGUGGCCCCGGGAGAGGAACCCAGAGCACGUGGGAUGAGAGAUCCACCCAUCCUCCCCCUUCCCCUGCGGCUCUGAACAUGGAUGCAGCCUCCUCCCUCGCAGCGCAGGAGCCGCUGUUGAACCUGGCUCUGUUAGGUUUCUUGGAAGGCCUCCUUGGCCUCCCGGAGGGCUGCUGGAGCUGGAAAGGGUUCUGGUGAACACUGUGAAUUCACUCACUGAAGAGCAAGCAGCCUUCAGCUGAGCCCCCUGCUGGGCGUGAAACUCCCUAAGCCAUUAAUUCACUCCUCUUCAGUAGGCUCGGUUUGGCAGAAAAACACUUAAUUCAAAGUGUGGGCAGAUGCUUCUGGAAAACCUUUCCUGGAGGAGAGAGAAUUCGUGAUUCUGUGUGUUUGGCGUCCACACCCUCCCUCCUGACCACCCCGUGCCUGGUCCUCGAAGGGCCUUCUUCUCCAGGCCCGCAGGCCCCCACCAUUAGCUCUUUUGCCCUAGUCGCUGGCAGACAGUUAAAAAAAAAAAAAAGUAAUAAAAACACUGUUUCCCUGUGACGAGUUAUGCUUCAGGAUAAAAACAAUAAAGAUGAGAAUUUGCAUUGAGCCAGCGCGUUGAUCAAAAGGCCACCAUCACUUGUGUUUCUGAGAUGCAUCAGUAGAGAAAUGGGUGGAAAAAGAUGUGGUACGUUGGUUGCUGGAACACUUGCUAAGCCACAGUAAAAGGAAUGAGCUAGAUCUGCGUGGGUUUAGAAGGGCUCACAAACCUAACGUUGAAUGGGAAAAACAAGGCCAUCUAAGUAAAAAGUAAAAAUACAAGUAAUCAAAAUGAGUUACAUGAACUUAUAUAUAAAUGUGUCAAAAUGCGUGUAAAAUGGGCAAGGAUUUGUGGUUAAACACUGUGGACUGAACACAUCUGUAUCUCCUCUGUCUCCCCAAACCCCACCAAAAUGACAUAAAGGAAUGAAAAUGGCAUGAACUGCAAAGAUGGCAGCAGGUAAGAGAGGUCUGAAAACUUCGGAAGAUGGAAGAAUAUAAAUUGUUUAGUCCCAGCUUCCCCCACUCCCCAAAGUGUCUAAGGGAGCUGGCCACCCUCAACAAGCCCAUUUUCUCUGCAGAAUCCCCCAAACGCUCAGAACAUGGAGGGACCAGGUAUCCCUAAGGCGGAAGUUCAAGACGGUGUGAAAAUAGUAUUGGUUGGAAGAAGUGGUUAGGCCCGAGCCCAGAUGGCACAUGACUGCCCUUCUCUGAUCCUGGUAGAAGACAGGUGUACAGCUGGCCAAGGUUGAACUAGAAGGAUUCUGG